GACAAUUCCAAUUUUGGCUCAAUUCCAGCCGAACCUGGACAGGACCACAUCUCAGACGUGUAUUCCCAGCCUGGCUUGCCGCUAAUUGUGAUAAGAAGCUGGAAACCAAGUAUAGCGAUUUUUUUGGUGAAUGGAAUCAUGUUUUAGAUGGAGUUACGAACAUGAGAGGCAGGUACCCCGGUGAAAUUGAUCGGAUCUUUUGGGCUUCUAUGGGUCCUACAAACUUCUUGUAACAUGGUCAAAGCCGUUAUAAAAGCUUCAUAUUUCAGACUACAGAUGGAGAGCCCGAUCUGGAAAUGCCUUCUCGAUACUAUGACGGGAUUGAUGUCGCUGGUCAAAAUAUGGUGGUAUUAAAGAUAGAUAAUUUGGGGAGCAGCUCCGAAGAGCUUGAAUUUACUUGCCAACAGUGGAAACUUGGUACUGGUCGUCCUAAACUUACAGGGUCGCAAAAACUCAAUGCAUCUCGCAUGAACUGGUGUCUGUACGAUCAUCCAGUCAGCAAAAGGGCGCUUGGGCGCCCUGUUCCAGUUUCUCUGACCCCUGAUCUUCAGUAUCUGCGAAUUGGCUCGCAGCUAUUUGCUAAGCAAAAUGACAAAUAUACACCAAUUGAAUUAUUCGACAAAGAACUAUACUUUGAGGACAUGGCCAACUCUGGCCCACAUAUCGCCGUAUCAACAAGACAAAACUUGACGCACGAGAAUCUUGCUGAUAUACAGGCAAAAGAAGAUUUGAUUCUUGACUAUGGGGAUUAUCUCGUUCAAAAAAUGAAUCAACAGCUGGCCAAGGGCGAGGAAAAAGCUGCAACCAAUAUCUCGACGGCUCCAGCUACCACUCUCCAGGAAUCGCAAUCAAGUCUGUCUAGCUCUUCCUCAAGCAAUAGUUCUGUUGUAUCACUUGUAAUCGAAGAUGAUAUCGACAAUGAUAAACACAAAGAUGAGAAAACCACUAUUGAAGAGUUUGAUGAUCUAGUGGAUGCUUCUGAUAUCAGUUCAGAUGGUAAUUCAGCAGAGACAGAUUGGAGUGAAGGGUCAACAUCAGGUGAUUCGGAUGAAUUAGACGACGAGGAUCAAUGGAACGAUUGGGCCAACGAGCGAGUCAACUUUGAAGAUCUCAAUAACGAGUUUGAUGACUCCAACUAUCAAAAAUCAAAUGAUGUUGAUGAUUUCGGCUCCGAUAUUCCAGAAAUUCCAGAUUACGACAAUCUCUUGGAUGACUUCAACGAAUCGGAAAACGAAGAAGAAAGGGGGGGUAUUGAUGAAGAUUCCGAUAUCGAGAUGAUCCUAUCCGGAGCACCAAGAUACGUUCUGAAACGGGCUCACUUCGAAACGGACCCCGAAGACACAGAGUCGUCUGUAGCUAGUCAUUAUUCACAGAGUCUUUAUAGUGGUUCAGAAAGCAGCAACAGCCAAGGGGAUGAAGAUUCCAUGGAUACCGAAGAGUCAGAGAGACUGGAGAAUCUCUACCUUGGGAAGAAGGACCUUGGAAAGGACGCACCUCGCGUUUCAAUCCAAACAUUUGACACUACGAUGCAAGACCAAACGCCAAUCUUCCACUUUUCUCAACGUGUAUCUGGGGGGAUAUUCCACUCCCGUCCCAACUUUCACCCAACAGCACCACUUCUGGUCUGGCCCUUAGAUGACGGCAAAGUGUUGUUCGCAAAUUACUUAACCAAUACAUACUUCACCCGAGAACUUUGCUGUUCUACAUACCACUUCUGUCACAUUUUUGUCAAAACCAAAUUCUCCUCCUGCGGUAGAUUCAUUCACUUUGCGGCACUCAAAGGCCGUCCCGUUGAAAAGAAACCUGAAAUGCAUCUCAGUCUCCAAGUUUCAACCCACCAACUUUCCUCCCGCAAAACGGCCAGAAGUCCUCCUCGACUGUUAUUCAAGAUAAAUGUGUCGCUGGGAGAAAGCGCUCGCAUGAGUGCGAGUCGACUACCAUAUACUUUAACGUGGACGGAUAUAGAAUUGUUCUUUGUUACCCGAGGAGAAGAGUUGAAUGUUAUGAGGAUUCCAUUAUUCAAAGGAGCGGAUGAUAAGACGAUUCCGGUAUGUUAUACUCAAAAUUCAAUCUAUCUUCCCCGAUCUGCAGAAUCGAGAAAUGUAUAUUACUUUCCUCCUUCUCCCUCAAAAUCCAAGAAGGAAAAAGAAAAAGCGAAAGGAAAAGAAGAAGUUGGGAAAAUUAUCAUCGGAUCAAAUUCUUCAGUUCCAUCUCAAGGAUUGAUAGUCACAAGAAGAAGUAUGGUACAGCCCCCUAUCGGUGUAUUGGUGAAGGAAGAUACUGAUCUUGGGGGAUGGAAAUGCAAGAGUGUGGAUUUAGAGACGGAUGAAAAGGGAAAGAAGGAGAGGAUUAAUGUGCUAGGUGGGAGAUUGCAGGGGAAGUUUGAAAGUUUUGAUUUGAAGGAGGAUUGUGAUGUUAUUCCUUAUUUGUUUAAUUUCUGGUGGGUGCAAUCGAGGUCUGAAUAG